AUGGACGACUCAACGAAAACUUCGCCAUCCAUCACUCGACAGAAACGCAAAAGAAAAUCCAAAACCAAAUUCACAGCAUCGGAACAAAAAAGUCCAAAAUUAGACAAUUCUACAGAAUUACCCGUGAAACCAGAAAAGAUAGCUAAAAUACAGACUAAUACCGUUGGUACGAAGUCCCAAGAUGAUGUAAAACUAUUGGAAGCCAGUGAAAGAUUCCCAAUAUUGAAGGACCAAGGAUUGGUCAACAAGUUCCUUAAAGUACCCAUGUCGAAUAACCAGAAAGGUCGCAUCCGGCAAGCUAUCAGAGACUCCUUACAUGGGACAUCAAACAUCCUAGUACCAGAGAUAAUACACAACAAAAUACAAUCUAUACUCAAAGGCAACGCAAACUUGACCGACUCAGAACUCCGUAGAGUCCGCAUACUAUACAACCUCCUUAAAACAUCACUAAAGGAAAAAGAAAAAAAGGUUGACAUUAAGCAGAAAUUAAAAAUAGAAAAAGAAAAGGUUGAUAAAGUAAAGAAAGAGACAGAAGAUAGCCCUAAAGCGAAGGAGAAAGAGGGAAAGAAAGAUAAGGGGGAGAAGAAAGAACAGCUUGAGAAAAAAGUUAAGGGUCCAAAGAGGUAUGUGGUGUUCUUGGGGAACUUGCCACUGGACGUUGAUAAGGAUAAAAUUAUAAACCACUUCUCGGAGAUGAACGAGCAUAUAAUAGACAUCCGUAUUCCUAAACAAUUGCCGGGGAAGAAGAAGGCGAUCGCUUAUUUAGAGCUCAGUAAUGAACCAAGCUAUGAGUUUGCGUUGUCAAAACACCACUCCAUGCUGGGCAACAAAAGAAUCAAUGUAUUAUACACGGCGCCCAAAAAUGCCAAGCAAACAAAAUCUGGCACGAAGGGCAAAUCAGCGAAACUAAUAGCUCUACAGAAAUCAGGGAAGUUAGUAGGCAGCAUCCCCUUAGCCAAGAAGAGAAGUCAACGCCGCCUCAAACAGAAACAAGCCCAAGCUAAAUUAGCUGCUGAAUCCGCCUGA